AUGUUAAAGAAUAAGUUCAGUAAGUGUACCAGGGUUCUGAUGAAGCAGGAAAUGAGAAAGCAGAAGGAAUAUUUUGAAAAGAAAAGGUUAAAAUCAAAAAUGAAAUUACUGGGAGUUUCAUCCCCUGUCAAAAAUUCCACUGUCAGUUUAGACCUCCUUAACCUAUAUAUGGUAAAUCACAUAUCUUGCCAGAAGAAAACACCUGAAACUGUGAGAAAACCAAUCCACGUGAAUAUGCAUAGAGACAUAAAAAUGCCCCUAAGAAAGCAUAAUUUAGAACUUCCAAUGUCACCUCACUGUGUACCAUCUAACCUCCGCAUUGAUGAUAUAGACAACAGGUAUGUUUUAGCAAGACUAGGCAGCAAGAAAGAAUUUGCCCCAGUUCAGUUGUUACAAGUCAUGGACUCAUAUAAAAUGUUUAAACCUCAGUUCAACAGAAUAGAAAAUUGUAGUUUCGCUCAACCAUCUUUUUCAGCAGAAUUAUCUUCUAACAGGAAUAUUACAAAACAAAAUUUCAUUCUCAGAAUAGCACCUAGUCCUCAGAAAGUUGCAUGUGAAAAAAAGCAGAAUGAGCAGCUCAGUAAAGUUAAUUAUUCUAAUUCCUUGGUUUCCAAAUUAAAUGAAAAUCAAGAUGCUCUCAGUCCAACAUAUAAAACAGGACAAUUUAGGUCAUUAUUCAAAAGAUUAAACAGUCCAGGCAAUAGGAAUUUCCUUACUGGAAGACCUGUUGUGGAUAUGGGUGAAGAAUGUGGAAGCAUGGAUGAGCAAAGACUGUCAGACUUCAUUACUGAAAAACAGUCAGUACAACAUAUUUGGGGAGAAAAUAGGAGAGAGCUUUCAAAUUUUUUUGAAAGUGUGAACCAGCCAAAAGCCAGCCUUAUAUCAGAGAAUUGUAACUCUUUUAUUAGUGAAAAUGUCAUCAAUUUAUUAAGCAUAGAUCAACAGAGGAUAAAGAAAACCUUUGACAAGUGUGGUUAUGACAGUAUGGGAGAUAUUUGCACAAUCACAAGUUCUGAUAAAAAUGAUUCAACUGAUAGAUGCGUUAGAAGAAUUUUUACAGAUCCAGUGUUGACUCUUAGUAAUUCUACUUUUAAUAAAACAAGUUAUCCAGAAAAGUGUCAGCCAGACAAGAGGUAUCAAAAAGAAUACCACAAUAAUGAUAGAAAUACUUUUAGUACAUCUUUUGAAAAGGAUUGUUAUGCAGCCAGCUUUGAAAAAAAAGGAAAAUUUAAAAGUGAUUACCAAGAGAAGACACCACAGCAUGGAAGCCAGAAAUAUCCAGUGAAUCAUAUGGGUAAUAUCUCUUUGGAAGAAUUGCAUUCUAAGCAAUCGUGGGACUUAGGAUUUGGUGAGAUUCUGAUGGAAGAAGGAGGAACCUGUUCUUUAAAAGACAGACCAUCAUCUGCUAAGAAAAUCUAUCUUGAUUCUUCACAGAGUAGUCAGUCUACCAGUUACUCUCCAAGGCCAACAGAUAGUUGCUUCAGUUCUAGUUCAGAGAUGCCAUCUGAAGAUGAAGAUCAAAUAUUGCAGCAAAUUGAAGAAUCAAAUAGGAGGUCCAUCAGAAUCAAAGAAACAAGUAAUAAUUUUUAUCUAGAAAUGAUGCCAAAACUUCCAUGUGGUAGGAUUAUUAAGAACAAUGCCAAAAUUCAUAAACAAAAUGAGAAUCGUCACCAGUUCUCAAUGAAAAAUAAGACAGAUCAGAUUCCACAGUCUCGGUGUAAUUCAGCACACAUAUUACAAAACAAAACCAGUAAUAACUGCAUUCUGCAGGUUGCAAGAUGUGAUGCAUGGGUACAAACAGGCUGUGAACCUGCAAUGGAAGAAAAAUUAGAUGCUGCUGUACAGUGUGAUAUAAUUUCAAAAUGUCAGUGUAGAAGUAAUGUGUCUUCUCUUUGUAAUGUUGAAAGGUGCAGUGAAGAUAUUAAGGCAGAUACCACUGGAGGGCAGGAAAUCCUUAAGAACAACUAA